AAUUAUAAAGUAAAAAUCUGGGUGCUGUGGCUCGUUGUUGUUGAAUUCAUUUUUUUAUUUUUCUCAUCAUUUCUUCUUAUAAGACCAACCCAUUUCUCUCCUUCUUCUCAUCUACCCUCAUGCUUCCUGUUACUCUCUCUGCAUAACACAACAACAUAGUUGAUAGGUUCCCCUUCUUCUUUCUCCGAAAUAUUCUGUUUUCUUGGUUCCAAAAUCUCAUACCUCCAUUGCCUUAAUACAUGGCUCCAUCUACCCUCUCAGGUAAAUCCAAUGAUCUCACAAAAGAAGAUUGCAAAGAAACAAGUUCACUCGUUGUUUGCUUUGGGGAAAUGUUAAUAGACUUUGUGCCAACAGUGGGAGGAGUGUCACUAGCUGAAGCACCUGCUUUCAAGAAAGCUCCUGGUGGAGCUCCUGCCAAUGUGGCUGUUGGUAUCUCUAGACUUGGGGGUUCAUCUGCUUUUAUAGGCAAGGUUGGAGCAGAUGAAUUUGGGUAUAUGUUGACUGACAUUUUAAAGCAGAACAAUGUUGAUACGUCAGGUAUGCGGUUUGACUCUAAUGCAAGAACUGCAUUAGCUUUUGUUACACUAAGAGCUGAUGGCGAGCGUGAGUUCUUGUUUUUCCGGAAUCCAAGCGCUGAUAUGCUUCUUCAUGAGUCAGAACUUGAUAAAAAUCUCAUAAAGCAGGCUAGAAUAUUCCAUUAUGGCUCCAUCAGCUUGAUUGAUGAGCCAUGUAAAUCAGCUCACCUUGCUGCUAUGAACAUUGCCAAAAACUCUGGUUGCAUUCUCUCUUAUGAUCCGAAUUUGAGAUUGGCACUAUGGCCAUCAGCAGAGGCUGCUCGGAAAGGCAUAAUGAGUAUAUGGGAUCAAGCUGAUGUCAUAAAGAUAAGUGAGGAUGAGAUUACAUUUUUGACUGGAGGUGAUGAUCCUUAUGAUGAUAAUGUUGUAUUGAAGAAACUUUUUCAUCCUAAUCUCAAGCUUUUGAUCGUUACUGAAGGGUCAGAGGGUUGUAGAUAUUACACCCAGGAAUUUAGGGGCAGGGUUGCAGGUGUUAAAGUUAAACCUAUUGACACAACUGGUGCUGGUGACGCAUUUGUUAGUGGGAUUCUAUACAGUAUAGCUUCUGACCAAAGUAUUCUUAAGGACGAGAAACGUCUCAGAAUGGCUCUAUAUUUUGCUAAUAUAUGUGGUGCCAUCACUGUAACUGAGAGAGGUGCAAUUCCUGCACUACCUACAAAGGAAGCUGUCUUGCAAUUCUUACUAGAAGCAGCUACAAUACAGCAAAACUGAAAGUUUUUUUGGUUAUAAAUUGUUGUUAAGCUAUAGCAUAGGUGAUGCUGAGCCUUUUUCAUUGGCCCUGUAUUUUUCUUAUAUAAAUUCAAGUUGUGUCUUGGUCUCUCAAGUUUUGGCUGGUAACAGCUGAGCACACAAAAAUUAACCGUUCAGGUUGAAGUGCUCUAGAUUUAAGAUUUGUAAUAAUAAUGAAAGCUAUUCAGUUAGAGUCAAAGAAUCAAGAAAUGUUAAUAACUUUUUAUAAACUCCAUGGCUUUGAAUGAUCUGAAG